AAAACAUUACGAAGAGGUGCCUAGCUCACAUGAGAAAUAUUCAAGUUUUUUUUUUUUGGAUCGAAGUUUAUGUUUUUUAGAUUCACCCGAUCCCCACAUACUCACCAUGACUGAAAAGAAGUUUCCCUUUCACGAUCAUCCUUUAUCAUAUGAGAAAUUGGACAAGUUUAGUUGCAUUUUGUGCAAAAAGAAAGGUGGUUUCGGCUAUUUCUGCCACAAGUGCUACUUUUGGGGUCAUAAGGAAUGCAUCAAGCGCUCACUUCUGCAUCCAUCUCCUUGCAAACAUUCUCUCAAGAUCUACACCGAGGCAUUGGGCUAUGGAGGUGACCAUUGUCAUUUUUGUAGAGAUUAUCUUCUUGAUGAUUUUUUUCAUUGUUUGAUAUACAACAUCAAUAUGGAUCUAAAAUGUCUUAAAGAUCCACCACCAUCAAGUAUUUAUUACCCAAAAAACCAUAUGCAUAUGCUUACUCUUUUGGCGAGAGUGGUCACAUUUACUUGUAAUGCAUGUGGUAUAGAAGGUAAGCGUAAUCCUUACGUAUGUCUUGAAUGUAAUUUAAUGUUCCACAACGAUUGUAACCUACCACGAAUUAUAAGCAUCAAUCGCAAUGAUCAUCGCAUUUCUCGCACUUCUACUUCUCGUCUUGGUCCCGGAAAUUGGAAAUGUGGAAUCUGCCGCCAAAAGAUUAGUUGCUCCCAUGGAGCUUUUACAUGCCCACGUUGUCCAAGUAUUGCCUUUCAUUUAAAAUGUGCGAUGAAAGAUGGCGUGUGGGAUGGAAAAGAAUUCGAAGCUGAACCCGAAAAAGAGCUUGAAGAUGAAACCGAAGAAGAACUCGAAGAUGAUUCCGAAGAAGAAAUCGAAGGUGAUACCGAAGAAGAAAUCGAAGAACAAUAAAACUAAUGUAAAAUAAAUAUUGGCGUGUCAUGAGAAAUCCAUUCUAAAGCUUGAUGCGGAUUCUGUUAGUGAUAAUGUGGUGCAACGAUUGUGUAUUUGUGUCCAACAAUGAUCCAUUCUAUACAUAAUGUUUGGCGAUAGAAUAAAGAUUCAUAAUUUUUGUUAUUUGCUAAAACUUUCAUUUUAGAUUAUGACUCUUGGCAAAACGAACUCUGAAGUCUAAAUCUUGUCUAUGACUCGUCAUUUGUUAUUUGCUAAAUUUGGUCUAUGAUCCCA